AUGCAGGACGCGGAGAACGUGGCGGCGCCCGAGGCGGCCGAGGAGCGGGCCGAGCCCCGACAGCAGCAGCCGGCCGCCGACCCGCCGCCGGGGGAGGAGCCGCCGCGGCCCGGGGGCCUCGGCGCUCAGGAGGCGGCGGACGGCGAGGACGAGGAGGCCGGGCCAGGGCCUGAAGCGCCCGCCGAGCCCACGGCGGACGGGGAGGAGGCGGCCGGCGCGACCCCCGGCCCGUCCCCGCCGCCGCCCGAGGAGCCCCCUGCCCCGGUCGCGGACGAGGUCCCGAGGGAGCAGGCCCGGGACGUGGCGGCCGAAGCCCGGUCCGACGGGGCGGACAGCGCGGCUGAGGACGGCGGCGCGGCUGAGGACGGCGACGCGGACGAGCCCUCCUUCAGCGACCCCGAGGACUUCGUGGACGACGUGAGCGAGGAAGAGUUACUGGGAGAUGUGCUCAAAGAUCGGCCUCAGGAAGCAGAUGGGAUCGACUCGGUGGUCGUGGUGGACAACGUUCCUCAGGUGGGACCCGACCGCCUGGAGAAGCUCAAAAACGUCAUCCAUAAGAUCUUCUCCAGGUUUGGGAAAAUCACAAAUGACUUUUAUCCAGAGGAGGAUGGAAAGACGAAAGGCUACAUUUUCCUGGAGUACGCGUCGCCUGCCCACGCCCUGGAUGCGGUGAAAAAUGCCGAUGGCUACAAGCUUGACAAGCAGCACACCUUCAGAGUCAACCUCUUCACCGAUUUUGACAAGUAUAUGACCAUCAGCGACGAAUGGGACAUUCCAGAGAAGCAGCCUUUCAAAGACUUGGGGAACCUGCGUUACUGGCUGGAGGAGGCGGAGUGCAGAGACCAGUACAGUGUGAUAUUCGAGAGCGGGGACCGGACCUCCAUAUUCUGGAAUGAUGUGAAGGAUCCUGUCUCCAUCGAAGAGAGAGCGCGGUGGACGGAGACCUACGUGCGGUGGUCUCCUAAGGGCACCUACCUGGCGACCUUCCAUCAGCGAGGCAUCGCUCUUUGGGGGGGAGAAAAAUUCAAGCAGAUUCAGAGAUUCAGCCACCAGGGGGUUCAGCUCAUUGACUUCUCACCUUGUGAAAGAUACCUGGUGACAUUCAGCCCGCUGAUGGACACACAGGAUGACCCUCAGGCCAUCAUCAUCUGGGACAUCCUUACCGGGCAGAAGAAGAGAGGCUUUCACUGCGAAAGCUCGGCCCACUGGCCUAUUUUCAAGUGGAGCCACGAUGGUAAAUUCUUUGCCAGAAUGACACUCGACACCCUCAGCAUCUAUGAAACUCCCUCUAUGGGCCUCUUGGACAAGAAGAGCUUAAAGAUCUCCGGUAUAAAAGACUUUUCCUGGUCUCCUGGUGGUAACAUAAUAGCCUUCUGGGUGCCCGAAGACAAAGACAUCCCCGCGCGGGUGACCCUCAUGCAGCUGCCCAGCAGGCAGGAGAUCCGCGUCAGGAACCUGUUCAACGUCGUGGACUGCAAGCUGCACUGGCAGAAGAACGGGGACUACUUGUGUGUCAAGGUGGACAGGACGCCCAAGGGCACCCAGGGUGUUGUCACAAAUUUUGAAAUUUUCCGAAUGAGGGAGAAACAGGUACCUGUGGAUGUGGUCGAAAUGAAAGAGACCAUCAUCGCCUUUGCCUGGGAGCCCAACGGGAGCAAGUUUGCGGUGCUGCAUGGAGAGGCCCCUCGGAUAUCUGUGUCCUUCUACCACGUGAAGAGCAACGGGAAGAUCGAGCUCAUCAAAAUGUUCGACAAGCAGCAGGCAAACACCAUCUUCUGGAGCCCCCAAGGGCAGUUCGUGGUGUUGGCUGGUCUGAGGAGCAUGAACGGUGCCCUGGCGUUUGUGGACACAUCGGACUGCACGGUCAUGAACAUCGCUGAGCACUACAUGGCCUCCGAUGUGGAGUGGGACCCGACGGGGCGCUAUGUCGUCACCUCUGUGUCCUGGUGGAGCCACAAGGUGGACAACGCUUACUGGCUGUGGACCUUCCAAGGGCGCCUCCUGCAGAAGAACAACAAAGACCGCUUCUGCCAGCUGCUGUGGAGACCUCGGCCCCCGACCCUCCUGAGCCAGGAUCAGAUCAAGCAAAUCAGAAAAGACCUGAAGAGAUACUCCAAGAUCUUCGAGCAGAAGGACCGUCUGAGCCAGUCCAAAGCCUCGAAGGAAUUGGUGGAGAGGAGGCGGACCAUGAUGGAAGACUUCCGGAAGUACCGGAAGAUGGCCCAGGAGCUCUACAUGGAGCAGAAAAACGAGCGUCUGGAGUUGCGAGGAGGUGUGGACACUGACGAGCUGGACAGCAACGUGGAUGACUGGGAGGAGGAAACCAUUGAGUUUUUUGUCACUGAAGAAAUUAUUCCUCUUGGGAAUCAGGAGUGACCGAGAGCACUGUGCGCCACCUUGUGCUGGAAGCAGGCCGUCUCUGCAGACAGCCUGCGCAGCUCCUGCACUUCCUGUGCUUCCCUGCUCUGGACCGACUGCGCCUGGGAUGCCGUCUCCAGAGCUGUGCCUUGACCCUGGCGUCAGUGCGGCUCUAAGGCACGGCUUGCAGCCUCUUCCUGUCUGGGUUCUGGGCCGCACCAGUGUCUGUUACUGGGCCGCAGCUGGCGCUGUGCGGGACUCCCGCUGUGCACCGCCCAGGCGACUGUCCACCUCGGCCUCCCUGUGGGACUCUUCCGUGGGAGUGGACGCCAGCAGGGGCCGUGCACCACCUGUGUCCCAGCGUGCUCGGCACUGCGGUGCCCGUCCCCGCAUUCAGGUUGUGGCAGGGUCUCAGUUGGCUGACCGUGGAAAUAAAAGCAAACCUGUAUGAACGAGCUGUCUUUCUCCGUCUUUAAACAUAGGUAGUUACCGUGUUGGGGCCUCUCUCCCUGUCCCC